GGACACACACGCGCACUCUUUCCCUUAGCUGUGCUUUUGUGUUUUGUCAGAAUUAAUGAGAAAAGUUCCCUUGCCCUAGGGGUAAUUAGUGUCCUUGGAGUUAAAUAAGCUAAUACUUAGACACCUCUGGCACAAGCAAUUAUGUUUGUGUAUUGAAUAAUUGAUUCAAAGAGGGGGGAAGGGCCGCUAAUCAGAUCUGAGCAUAAUGAAUUGAUUUAAUUAACAGGGGAAUCCGAGGGUCUCUGGGAACUGCGCACAUUUAUUCAGUAGCAGGAGCGAGAGCAGCACACAUAAAUUGGGAGGGAUAGGCAGUGUGAGUAUGCUUUUAGCAGUUGUCGGGUCUACAAUUGGAUUUCUUGAAUAUAGUUACAGUUACGGAGCAAAUGAGAGCAGGGGAAAGAAGAACGCUUCACUGUACGGACAACUCGGCAGUUUAAUGUACCGAUAGGCAUUUGAAAAGCUCACUGCGGACGAAAUCAAGUCGAAUUUAUCUUUUGCAAUUCCUACUGCUUCGUAUGGAAUACAUCGACGCGAUUCGAUCUUGUUUAGACGUUUUUAAUUGCAGUUACAGUUCAGUCCGUGCCGUGGACAUUUACUCCGUGUGAGGGAGCGAGCCAAAGCUGAACCGGGAAUCGCACUGUAUGCUAUCCACGAAAUUAACAAUAGAAUAACAAUCGCUCCUCUCGUUUCCUUUCUACAUGGGUUUCCAUUAUUGAACAACCCAAUACUCAUACGCUCCUGCAAUUUCAAGCCUGCCGUGCAAGUGCAAUCCGGUGGUUUUUGCCCAGCAAUUUCUGACGACGAGUACACCGACUGGUGAAGUCUGCUGGAGCCGAGGACGGAUCGCCUGGCGCCGGACACCUCGUUCCUCAGGACGAUGGUCUUAGACAAGGAGGAGGGUGUGCCGAUGCUCUCUGUCCAGCCCAAAGGGAAACAGAAGGGGUGCGCUGGCUGCAAUCGCAAGAUUAAAGACCGCUACCUGCUCAAGGCCCUGGACAAAUACUGGCACGAGGACUGUCUGAAAUGUGCCUGCUGCGACUGCCGCCUCGGGGAGGUGGGCUCCACCCUCUACACAAAAGCCAACCUCAUCCUCUGUCGCAGAGACUACCUGAGGCUCUUUGGUACGACGGGGAACUGCGCAGCCUGCAGUAAACUCAUCCCAGCCUUUGAAAUGGUGAUGAGAGCCAGAGAUAAUGUUUACCAUUUGGACUGUUUCGCCUGUCAGCUUUGUAACCAGAGGUUUUGCGUGGGAGACAAGUUUUUCCUGAAGAACAACAUGAUUCUGUGUCAGAUGGACUAUGAGGAAGGACAGCUGAAUGGGAGCUUCGAGACACAGGUCCAAUAGCCAAGCCGAGUGGCCGGUGACAGCGGCAUCCCUCUGUGCCCCCACACACACACACAUAUACCCUCAUACUCUGAAGCACUCGUCUACACACACACAGUACAAAGAUGCACUUCCACACACACACACACACACACACACACACAUACCCUGGCACACAUAAGGUGUUUGGCUGCACUUGGAGAGGAAAGCGUCUGUCUGCUUGCCUGCAAUACUUUUUACAGUAAACCCCCCGACGGUCCCUAAGGACUCCAUUGUAAAUGUUCUUUUUGCCCCUUCCUUCCCCCAACACUGAGCAGUUACGAGUUUUGAUGUACAGUUGUGCCUGCUUAGCUGAGCACUGUAUCGCUUGUAUGUUUUUUGUGAUGUUUGUUUUGGGUUUUUGGUCCUCUCCCGCUUUCGGGUACAAAAAAAAUAAGAAAAUCAAAAGAAAGAAGGAAAAAACGUGGAGAGUUUGUACAGUCUGUUUUCUGUAUAUAUAAACUGGAACAUUUAUUUUAUGAAAUUGUAAUGCAAUUUUAUUACUAGUGUGAAUUAAAGAUUCUUAAAUGUUCAUAGUGAGUUUUUUUUUUUUUCUGUUGUCCUCUGAUCUCAGAAACCAAAGUUGUUUGAGGAGGCCAGCCCCUGCAUUGAUAUGUAAUUAACAACUCUGAAACGCUAUGAUGCUGUGGAAGCGUUUAAGAAUUUUGUAAAAGACAAGCAUUAAAAAAUAAAAAUGACACUAAUUUUAAGACAUGUGGAAGAGUAAUGAUGGAAUAAGAUGUUUAACAAAUUUAAAUCAGAUGAUGGUUUUAUUUGGA